AUGUCAUCCUUUGAUUCCUUCGCUAACAAGGAUGAACCCCAGAACCCGUCCCCUGCCACUCAACCUUUCAACGACGAUGGUUACAUGGGUUACGACUCGUCGAUCAACCCUCCCACCCAGGUCGACAUUCCCUCCUCCGACGCGCCACCUCUGCCGCCAACGCGCCACUCUGGGGACUUCCAGGACGACGUCGGAUUCGGAAUUGAAGGCUUCAACCCCCAAAACGCCAGCGGCUACGCCUCGCCAUUUGAUUCGGCAGUUCCCGAUAGCAACGCAGAUGGUGAGAAUGAGGGUGACAUUUUCAGUACCGAUGGGUCGGUUCUUCCGCCUCCAGAGCAAAUGCGCGAUGAGGGUUUUGCACGACGCGAAUGGCGCCGUUUAAAUGCCAUCCAUCUCGAGGAAAAGGAGAAAAGAGAAAAGGAGAUGCGAAACCAGAUCAUUGAAGAAGCUGAAGAGUUUAAACGUUCCUUUUAUGAGAAAAGGAAGCUCAAUUGCGAAACUAACAAGAUUAACAAUAGAGAAAGAGAGAAGCUUUACUUGGCCAACCAAGAGAAGUUCCACAAAGAAGCCGACAAACACUACUGGAAAGCAAUUGCGGAGAUCGUUCCUCGUGAGGUCCCUAAUAUUGAGAAGAAGAGAGGGAAAAAGGAUCCUGAUAAGAAAUCUUCAAUCGUUGUCAUACAGGGCCCCAAACCUGGGAAGCCUACUGAUCUUUCACGUAUGCGCCAAAUUUUCCUGAAGCUAAAACAGACUCCUCCACCACACAUGAUGCCUCCUCCACCAACACCUGCCAAAGAUGGCAUGGACGGAAAUGAUGGAAAGGAAGGGAAAGACAAGAAGGAAGGGAAAGAUCCAAAGAAUGGAAAAUCGGACACACCAAUUGCAGUUGGUGCUUCAGCUGCAAAAGCACCAGUCUCACCUUCUAAAGGUGUUACUCCCAAUGGUACAAAGGAUAUCUCAACGCCAAAGGCUCUUGCUGAACCAAAAGUUGAACUAGAAGGUCAGCCAUCUGUUGAACCGAAGGAUGAACAACCUUCAGAACCCCAGGGUUAG